AUGCAGACCUCAGACCUGCAGGAUAUAGAUGGGCCAGACCCUGACUUUGAUACUGAAGUGGACGAAGCGCUGGGGGUAGAAGAUAAAAUGAGAAAAUUGUCGUUAACAUCUAUGCUCGGGCUGCAGGACUUUGAGAGAGCGUCGCUGUAUUCUGUUAAGUCGGAAAUCAAGAGGUUCCAGUUUGAGAAUGGCAGGACUUACCAUUCGAUGAGUGAAGGGAAGUAUAACUACCCAAACGAUGAUGAAGAGAAUAGCCGUCUAGAGUUACAGCAUCGCAUCUGGAACCUUACACUUGACGGUGAACUAGCGCUAUGUCCAGCACACAAGACGGCUAAGAACGUCUUGGAUAUGGGUACUGGAACUGGUAUUUGGGCCAUCGACUACGCGGACGCCUUCCCAUCUGCACAGGUCAUUGGCGUGGAUCUAAGUCCGAUCCAACCAGAAUGCUUUGAGAUCGAUGAUCUGGAGAAGAGGUGGGCCUGGUCAAAACCGUUCGACUUCAUCUUCUGCCGGACCAUGGAGGGGUCCUUUUCACACCCGGUCAGCAUCAUUCAUAAGAUUUACGAGGCUUUGGAACCCGGCGGCUGGUUCGAGACAGGAGGCUUCGUGCUUCCGAUCGGCUGCAUCGACAACACCCUCUUCGAGUACCCGGCUCUCAUGCGCUGGCACGAAACCAUGUACGAGGCCGGCAAUGCCAUCGGCCGUUCCAUCGAGAGUCCAUCGAAGCAUGUAGACGCCAUCCACGCCGCCGGCUUCGUUGACGUCACUAAGAAGCUCAAGGAGAUUGGUAUGCUGCAUUACGUCAACCUCGACUUGGCACUAGAGGGGCUGUCCCUGGGCUUGUUUACACGCGCCCUUGGCUGGACACGACAAGAGGUUUUGGACUUCUGUGCGGAAGCGCGUAUGGACUUGAAGAACAGGAAGGUCCACGCAUAUUGGAACGUGUAA